GAGCGAGUCCAGGAGCCCUGUCACGAUGCUGAGCCUGUGGUUUCUGACCCUUCUUGUGGUGCAAGCCUCCAGGGCUGGGGCCCCCGUGCCUGUCUCUGAGAAUGAGCUGGUGGGCAUCGUGGGUGGCCACAGCGCCCCCCGCGGGAGGUGGCCGUGGCAGGUCAGCCUCAGGGUCUACAGCUACCGCUGGGCCGCGUGGGUGCACAGCUGCGGGGGCUCCCUCAUCCAGGAGCAGUGGGUGCUGACUGCGGCUCACUGCAUUCAGCGGAAAGAUGCUGACCCGUCAGCCUACCGAGUCCAGGCUGGGGACAUUUUCCUCUAUGGGGACACAAAGCUGCUGCGUGUGAACCACAUCAUCGUUCACCCAGACUAUGUGGAUGCCACUCUGGGUUCAGAUGUGGCUCUGCUGCAUCUGGCGGAACCCACAGAAUACUCUGCUAACAUCAGGCCCGUCAAGCUCUCCUCCUCUGAUGACAUCACCCCGAGGGACCAGUGCUGGGUGACAGGCUGGGGCCAUGUCAGCAUGUUUAGUUCCCUGCCCCCGCCCUACCGCCUGCAGCAGGUGAAUGUGCAGGUGAUAGAGAACACAGUCUGUGAGCAGCAAUAUCACAAUGCCACCAGGCACCGGCACCGGGAGCAGAGGUUCAUCCUGGACGACAUGCUGUGUGCGGGCAGUGAGGGCCGGGAUUCCUGCUAUGGUGACUCUGGAGGACCUCUGGUGUGCAAGGUGACAGGCUCCUGGACCUUGGUGGGAGUGGUCAGUUGGGGCUACGGUUGUGCCCUCCACGACUUUCCUGGGGUCUAUGCUCGAGUCCAGUCCUUCGUGCCUUGGAUCCAGAGGCAGAUACAGAAGCACUCCUGAGGGCCAACUAUCGGCCUUCUGCUGGCCAGCCAAGGAGGAGCCAGCUCACCUCCCAAGCCUGCUGUUUUGACCUUGGUCCCCACCCCUGAGCCUGACCUUCUCCCUGGCCUUCUGGGUGCCCAGGUCCUCCCUGACCACUAGCAGCAAGGGGGACGAUGGGCAGAGUGGGGGCCUGGGCUGGCUAUGCAGUCUCUCUGAAGAGAAGACGUGGUGUGGGGGAAGGACUUGUGCUCCAAGGAACAGGUGUCCAGUUGCUUAGUGUCCAGCAGUUGAAGGACAUUCGAGCUUCUUGUACUUUGCGGCCAUGAUGCAUAAAGAUACUAUGAAAAUUUG